GCUCUCAGUUUUGCCCUUCGGCUAGCGCGCUCUCUAGACUGAAGCUGUCAAAUGGCAACGUCCUCGUCAACAAAGUGAGAAAAAAGAAGAAAGAAAGAAGAAGAAAGUGGUUCCGCCGUGGCCAUCGUCGUCGUCCCCGCGGAUUUUUCAUUCAAACAAACACCGCACAACUAUCCGACCAAGUGUGCUCGAUCCCGAUAGGACUGUCCCGAUAGGGCAAAACAUCGUUUUAUCGUCAGGGGUAUCCAGAGAAAAAUGUUUCCAUGGCGUACUGCUGCCGAUUCGCCGUAGUAGGCUUCGCAGCCGUGCAGAAAAGGCGUAGUUCGCAAAUGGUUUCUCCCUCGAUGCUGCGGCGGCGGAAUGCGCUCAGGGGUGUGCACAGUUUACGGUAAAGUGAAAGUGAAAUCAGAUCGGUGCCCCGAGGGGCGCGAAUCGCCCUCUCUAGCAAGCCUAGUCUGCAGCAGCAUAUUACGCGGGGAGGUCAGUGAUCCGGGCAUCGGUAGUGAGUGGGUUUAACCGUGGUGUCCAGUUGGUGUCCAGCAUCAUGUCGGGCACGAAUCGGGCGUUCCGGUGCACCGUGGUGGUCGUGGCGGUGUGCUGGUGUGCGUUCUCCGGUGCCACCCACCUGGAGGGUGAAUUUGGGGUGGACGAAUUCUUCCGCUUCUUGCACAAAUUUGGCUUCCAGAAGACGGAGAAACACUCGCAAAAGGACACCGAGUGGGACACGUUCGGGUACAUCUACGGGAACAUUAGCUCUCGCGUGAACUUUAGCGUCCCGGUCACGCUGGCCGUGCUGGACAAGCGCAGCUUCCUCGAGUACUAUGCCAACCGGAACGGCUACGACAGGGAGGCGGCGUGCCAGCGGAUGUUUGAGAAGCUCGACAAAAUCGUCUACAGUCGUGCGUGCAACCCGCACGCCGAAGCGGACUAUCUGCGGCGCAUCCCGUGCGAGCCGGGCAAACUGUGCCCGGAUGAGGAUACGCGCGAAAACGUGGUUCCCGGGAGUCAGUUCACGUUCGUUAUCAGUGAUCCGAACGUGCCAAGAUUCUGGUACGUGUCGAUGGUGGCCUGUUAUCAGAAUGUAAGCACCUGCCAGUGGCACUACUACGACUACCGCAAGUACCACACCGAGCCACCGUCGAUCGACUUCGAUAUUACGCUCGUGAAUGGCAACCCGAACCGCCAGACGCUGUCGCUCUUCAAUCCGCUGCUGUUCCACUUUUCCUUCGACCGUCAAAACACGCUCGAGAUGUAUUUGAUCUUUUUCGUCGUCUAUCUGCUGAUGGUGCCGCUCCAGAUCUACGCCGUGCGGCUGCAAAAGCAUCCCGUAACGCGCCUGUUCACCGUCAGCCUGGUGCUGGAGUUUGUCAGCGUUUGUCUGCUGCUGACGCACACGGUGCGCUACGCCAUGAACGGGGUCGGCAACGAGAAGUUGGCCGUAAUGGGCGAUAUUUUCGAUAUCUUUAGCCGGACUUCAUUCAUGUUGAUCCUGUUGCUGCUGGCCAAGGGAUGGGCGGUGACGCGGUUACAGAUCAGCGUCGGCAGCUGGAUUCUACUCAUGGUCAUCUGGAUACCGUACUGCGCGAUACACGUGCUGCUGUACAUUUGGAACAGGACGGAGGUGGAUAUUAUUUCCGAUAUCGACGAGUACCAGACGUGGCCCGGUUGGUUGGUGCUCGCUUGCCGCUCGACCAUGAUGCUGUGGUUCCUGUGGGAGCUGCGCACCACGAUGAAGUACGAGCACUCGUCGCAGAAGCUGGACUUUCUGCUCCAUUUCGGCGCCUCGAGCCUGGUGUGGUUCAUCUACCUACCGAUCGUGGCCAUCGUCGCUGUGAAUGUUAGUCCGCUGUGGCGGUAUAAGCUUUUAUUAGGAAUAACAAAUUCGGCCGACUGUCUGGCCUACUGCGUGAUGAUGGGUUUGCUGUGGCCUAACCGAGCCGGACAGUAUUUGCUGCUAACGGGAACAAACUUUGCCGGUAUGGAUGAGCUGGACGAGUUCAAUGAGGCACCGCACGUGGUGCACCGUGAUUCGGACACGCUGCACAGCAGUAACGGCGAUCUGGUGAUCGACGACUAUCUCGACAACGACGACGACGACGAGAUUGAAACGUUGGUGCUGAGCACGGACGAUUUGCUGCAUGCCGGCAACUCAUUGCCCGUGUCCGGAGGCAGUAAACCGCUCACGCUCAGCAACGGGAGUGCCAUGAACGGUGGUAUCGGGAAAGGUGGCAGAUCGUUUGAUUAGAUUUGAUCGUCCUGGCGAGAUCUGGCAACACUGCUCCACUCCUGACCGGGACGCAAUGGCACACAACGUUUCGCGCGUGUGCGUGCCCCGAGCAACCGUAAACGACGAAUCUUUAGAACGAAUUUAAUUCAACACACCACACCAAAUACGCGGGAAGGUUAGAAGGUGGGCACCCCACAAGAACAUCCCAAGGAAACUCCACUCAAGUGGUCCGGGUUGUAUGUGCGGAUCUAAACGUAGAAAACGGAACUUUUUCGAGGCAUUUUUCAAGCAAAACACUAUUGCAACGGUGCAAAGUUUCACGCUCCACUCGACUUUCCACUAUUGACACACAAAAGACGGAGUAACGAAAACAAAUUCUUCCAUUUCCAAAACUGAUGUCCCAUUUGAACUGAAACAUAAAAUUAGGAGAUAAUUGGCCAUUCGAGGUGUUCGAGGUGCGUUCGUUCGUAGUGUGUGUUGUGUGUGUGUUUUUUUUUAGUAAAACAGUAGCAAAACGGUGCAUCAUUUAGAAGGUGGGCUGGCUGGUGGCCGAGGCGGCGAAUGGAGUGAACAAUUAUCGUGUGAUAUGAAAUUCAUAGCAAUUACGGAACCUGAAUGAGAUAAUAUUACUACUUUUUAAUACCCUGUUACUUUUAAGAGGCACCUCCCCAUUACUGUAGUGUAGCCAUUGGCCUGGUAGAGCAGAGUAUUUCUCCGGGCGCGGCGCCGGAGCUUUCUUUAGUCAGUUUUUGGCCAGGUGCAACGUUGGUCCCUCAGUAUGAAGUGUAUAGUAGAUUGGCCGUAGUUUAAUUGCGUUUACUAAGCGUCUCCUUUGCGUGUCUGCCACACAUUUUAACGCCAAUAAAUCGAUCCGUUUUUUGUCAGUAACACAGCACCCGGGCACCACUGGUCCGCGUGAAGUGUUGCAAACAAGUAAACAUAUUCAACUGUCCAUCAAUGGCCCACCGUAGAACCUUUAUCUCCUAAGUCAUUUCAAAAACGUUCCACUAGGUAGUAAUUUUGAAGUAGAAAUCCCCUUUCCGGCCAUCGCUUUCGUUUCGUGCUUCGUGGUGUUCUUUUUCAUGCGGACCGCCGUAUUUAUUUGUCCCACUAGGAAGAGAUCGUUCGGUAGCCGGUAGAGGCGCCAACACUUACCUAAACCUAAGACUCACUCGCUUCCAAAGUAUCGGUAAAGGAUGCAAGGCUAAUGCAGUAGUUAGUAGAGCGCGCCACAGUUUCAGAACAGAGCCGGGCGGGGAUGGGACCCGCUGAUUGGGAGUGCGCGCCAAGCCUAAACCCACAACGUAAUGUACCUUUUUUGAAGCUACGCCCAAAACGCUUUAGAGAUUGAACAAAUAGCCUAGCAGAAGGUAGCAGAAAGAACACUGGAUAAAGGAUUUAUAUAGGCAAAAACUUAACUAGAUAAGCAGCAUUUGCAGAACGAUUAACGCUAACGUAUAUUCUCACUCACUCGGCACACGGCAAUGCUCAAAAGCUCCUCUCUGUCCGUCUGUCUCUCUUUCGCUGUGCAAGAAACGGAUAAUGUCUGCUCUGUAUCGGUAGUGAGAACGGAAUCGUGGAAGGGUUUUCUUAAUAUAAAAGAUUUAGAUCAAUUCAGCCCAUCACAGCCCGGACGUCGGUGAAGCGGGGCUUUUUAACGCAGCAGAAGAGGGCACCGGGCGAUCAAUUAUCGAUAUGUCUUAACCCGCCCCCUCUGUCCGCGGUGAGGGGACGGACACCUCAAACGGGAAUCACUAGCCCCCGAACGUGUGCAGCACGCACGGAGCCCGCACGUAAGUGGCCGUUUGCGAUGCGAAAGUUGUGAUAGGAUGUUAAGCAUAUUUUUCUACUAAACUCUAAACCAAGAACAAAACACAACACGUAAGUGCACCGCCGCCGGGUUGGCCCCUCGGGAUAGGUUGGCCGUUACCGAUCCGCUACCUCAAAUGCCUAGGCGAGUUGCGAAUGGCGGCAAAGGCCACCCAUCCCGGGGGUGGUGUCGGCGGUGACACUUUUAUUCACAACGACGCGAUGCGCUCAGAAGGCUGGCGGUGUUUGAUUUGUGUACAAAAAUAUGAAUAAUAAUUAAUAUUACAAACGAAUCGAACGAAUGUU